AUGAGCAUAGCAAGCGAAAGAACACCCUCAGAUCAUCCCAACACCACCAAAAACAGCCGGAAAACACCUUGCACCCGCCCCUACGCGCCGCCACAAGGUUCAGCCACUUUUUUCAUCAAGCCACGCGCUGCCACAAGCCCAGGUGUGUCAGUCACACGCUCUGCCACGUCAUCAGACACAUCAUCUACCACGCCAUCUGCCACGUCAGCAAGUGCCGCAUCAACUGCCACGUCAGCACCAUAUCACCAGCAUUCUGCCACGUCAACAAGUCAAUCUAUGCGCAGUUUUUUGAAAGGUCGCAAGCUAUGGUCCUAUGUCACUGGAGAUCGUACAACACUUACUCAAGCCAUAAAAGAGACAUCAUAUGCCUAUGUCACACGUGUUGAAGACUGGGAUAGUAACAAUGAUCACAAGAUCAUCAUAUGGUUACGCAACACAUCCAAUUCUUCCAUUGGUAUAGAAUUUGGGAGUUACGAGACAGCCAAGGAGAUCUGGGACAUGCUUGUCUCUCGCUACUCUGGUUCUGAUGGGGCUCGCCAAUUUCAAUUAAUGCUUCUUCAUCGCUCACCUUUUCCAUCACUUGAUCAAGCUCUUAAUGAACUUGUUCGAGAAGAGACAGGCUUACAGAAUCAUCGUUCUCAAAAUCAUAUCACUAUUUUAGCCAAACCAUCUUCUACUCCUCAUCAAUCUGGCUCCAAUGGACGCAACAAUAACAAUCGCUCUGGCUCUCAGCAAUCCAACAACAAAAAGGACCUUUCCGGUCUUUACUGUACUUUUUGUCGGAUUCCAGGGCAUAGCAUUGACUUUUGUUGUAUUCGUGUUCGACUCUCCACUACAACUGUGGCUAACACAGAAUAUCUGUCACCACCAUUUUCAACACCAGUCAACAUUUCUUCUGGCGAAUCUACAUCUGCCUCAUUUGUUUUCUCUACAACUGACCUUGAGGCAGUUCUCAACCAGGUUUUAUCUCGCUAUCAAGGUGCAUCUUCCACUGCUCUUUCUACUAUACCAAGUAAAUAUAGUUCUUGGUAUUUUGACUCUGCUUGCUGCAAUCACAUGACACCUGAUUCUACCUUCCUCACAUCCCAGACUUCUCCUUCUUGCUCUCCUGUUAUACACACAGCCGAUGGUUCCACUAUGACUAUUAGUCACAUAGGAACUAUUUCUCAAUCUCAGUUAUCUGUGCUUCAUGUUUAUCUUGUUCCAAAUCUUUCCCUUAAUCUUUUAUCUAUUGGACAACUAACUGAGUUGGGAUUAACCAUAACUUUUUCUUCUAAUGGUUGUGUUGUAGGGACAGAUCAUUGGGACAGGCUCUAA